CUUAAUUGACUCUUACAUUCCAGAAUCUGAAACAGUAUAAUAUCCGCCCCCUAACCAGAAAUUCCAGAAUGGGGAUCAGAAUCAGGAUGAGCGCGAUCACAUCAGUGUCAUAGCGCGCUCAGGCUCUCGGACGCCAAUGAUUUGAAUAUAAAAUGGAGACUGAAGUACCCGGGGUUCUGAUCGAAGAUGUUCACAUUAAGCCAUCUCUGUGCAUGUUUUUGUACUCUGGCUCUGGCGAGUUGGGCCUUUGGAAGAUUCAGACGAUUACCUCUCCCCCCAGGUCCACCCAGAAAAUUUUGGUUCGGAAAUGAGGAGAUAUUGCCUUGGGACCAUCCGUGGAGGCAGUAUGCUGCCUGGUCCAAAACAUUUGGGCCCUUAAUAUACCUUUAUGCCUACGGUCGGGAUAUCCUCAUUGUCAACGAAGCCAGCGCGGUCACGGACCUGUUGGAAACGAAGUCUACGCUUUAUGCCCGCCGUCCAACUUGGUCAAUGGUAGCUCUCACCGGACGGCAAGACAACAUCGCAUUUAUGGAUCAUAAUGAGAGGCAGAGAAAGGCCCGGGCACUUCUUCAAGGUGCUCUAAAUCCAAGGGCGCAAAAAUCUUGGGGCCCAAUCCUUGAAGAAGAGACCACUAGCUUAAUGCUGCAGAUAGCACAAUCUCCGGAGUCAUUCAGGCAACAUAUUCGAAGGUACCUUGGGACUUAUAUCACGCGAUUCACAUACGGGAGAACAGUAGACGAUUCCGAACUCAAACUGGGGGACGAAAUCUCUAUUCACACCCAACAAGCUUUGCGGCCUGGACGAUGGCUUGCUGAUGCUGUGCCUCUAUUAUUAUAUUUACCGGACUGGUUCCCUGGAAUGGCCUUCAAACGAUGGGCGAGGGGUGCUAGGACAAAGUUCAUCGAUUACACUGCUCAACCUUUUCAACAGGCACGCAGUUCUGUUCUUGACGGUACUGAGAUGCAGGGAAUGGUGCCCGACGCACUCAGUGAGAUCAUUGCAGGGACAUCGAAAUAUAAGGAGGAAGAGCUCGUCUCUGCAGCAUCGAGCAUCCAUACAGCCGCAAUAGAGACUACGUAUGCGAUACUUAUGAACUUCUUGAUAUUGAUAAUGGCGCACCAAGAUGUUCAAGAAAGGGCUUACCAAGAAAUUGCGAGUGUCACUGAGUCUACCAGACAACCACUACUGUCUGACAUGACUGCGAUGCCAUACAUUGAUGCGGUAAUAAGGGAGGUUCAUCGCUUCAAUCCAGUGACACCCAUGAUCCCAAGGUCACCCGUCAAAACCGACUCGUACAAGGGCUACCGUAUUCCACAGAAUACCUGGGUGAUGUUCAACAUAUGGGCAAUGACUCAUGACCCAAACAUCUACCGAGAUCCUCAUCAGUUUAUGCCUGAGCGGCAUUUACCUUUGGGUCAUGAAGACAGCGCGAAGGAUCCCCGAGAUUUCACGUUUGGAUUUGGAAAAAGAAUAUGCCCUGGCUUGAACCUUGCAAACGUACAGAUCUUCUUGUUCGUCACCCAAUUGCUGGCUACUUUUGAAGUCAGACCGCCGUUGAAAGCUGACGGUACCGAAGAAGACGUGGUCAUUGACUAUUCGUCGAAUUUCGUGAGCCUUCCAAUGCCAUUCAAAUGUCGUCUCAUACCGCGUAGUGGAAAUGCCAUUCUUUAUUGAACUUACAUUUUGCGGAUGAAAAUUGCGAUCAGUACAGCCUGUCUGGGUUGUAUAUUUCUUCGUGCGAGACCAAAGAAUGUACUUAGGUUAACGUCGAGUGGUACAGUUCGCGUUACAACCAGGUUCGAAUGUCG